AUGGCCCAGUCCGAGGCGCUCAGUCCACCACGGGAUUCGGGACAGGGUCGGCAAGGGGGAAGAGAAGAAGAGCGAGCACUCGGGGCCGAGGAUGCCGAGGAGAAAAGGAGCCUCCACACCCGUGGUUGGAGAAAGCAGACCAGACCAGAAGGGGGAGGUUCGGGGAUAGUGACAGAAACGGAGAGGGUCGCCCCAAGGGAAGGUUUGCACGGAGACGCUGGAGGCCAAGCGGAGGCGAUUCCUCCGUUUCACGGAGGACGAGACUCCUGUUUUUUUCCCUCGCUCUUUUCACCGAGGAACCCUUUGGGGGAGGAAGAAGAGGGGGAAAGGGUUAGUCUGUUGUUAGGUAAGGACUUUCUCCGCACUCAAAGCGGUGGCUCCGAAAUCAUCCGAUUGCGGAUAGUGAAGAUUCUGACGGCUGCGCUUGCAUACCUCUUUCUCGCGCCUUUUUAUUGUUGGGUGCCGAUGAUGCUUUGGUACCUGUCAGAUUCCGCCACCCAAUGCGCGGUUCAACGUGGCCGGAUAUCACUUCCACCGAGCACACCAGAGCAUGAAGUUGAACCCAUCGGAGAAUCUAGGAAAGCCAUCUGGCUUAACUAA